UCCCGGCUCUGGCCUUGGGCGCGGCCCGGGACUGGCCGCGGCAGGUCCCACCUCUCCGCCUCCCGGGGCAGCCCCAGCGCCAGGAGCCCAGCUCUCAGAGGUCCCUUCAGGCCCGCGGCCGCUGCCCCUCCUUCCGAGCCAGGUUCUUCCCGCCCACCCCUGCUGCCAUGAAGAUCGCAGUGAUCGGGCAGAGCCUGUUUGGCCAGGAAGUUUAUUGCCACCUGAGGAAGGAAGGCUAUCAGGUCGUAGGCGUGUUCACUGUCCCAGACAAGAAUGGGAAGGCGGACCCCCUGGGCCUGGAGGCCGAGAAGGAUGGAGUGCCCGUGUUUAAGUUCCCCCGCUGGCGGGAGAAAGGACAAGCUCUGCCUGACGUGGUGGCAAAAUACCAGGCUCUGGGUGCUGAGCUCAACGUCCUGCCCUUCUGCAGCCAGUUCAUCCCCAUGGAGGUCAUCAAUGCCCCCCGCCAUGGCUCCAUCAUCUACCACCCGAGUCUGCUCCCCCGGCAUCGAGGGGCCUCGGCCAUCAACUGGACCCUCAUUCACGGAGAUAAAAAAGGGGGGUUUACCGUCUUCUGGGCAGAUGAUGGCCUGGACACCGGGGACCUUCUGCUCCAGAGGGAGUGUGAGAUCCUCCCGGACGACACCGUGAGCACUCUGUAUAACCGCUUCCUCUUCCCUGAAGGCAUCAAAGGGAUGGUGCAGGCUGUGAGACUGAUUGCCGAGGGCAGAGCCCCCAGGGUCCCUCAGCCCGAGGAAGGAGCCACCUAUGAAGGCAUCCAGAAGAAGGAAACGGCCAAGAUCAACUGGGAGCAGCCAGCAGAGGCCAUUCAUAACUGGAUCCGUGGGAACGACAAGGUGCCGGGCGCCUGGACAGAGGCUUGUGGGCAGAAGCUGACGUUUUUCAACUCCACGCUGAACACCGCGGGCCUGGUGCCUGAGGGAGAAGCUUUGCCCAUCCCGGGAGCCCACCGGCCGGGGGUGGUCACCAAAGCGGGACUGAUCCUCUUCGGGAAUGAUGACAGAAUGCUGCUGGUGAAGAACAUCCAGCUGGAGGAUGGCAAGAUGAUCCCGGCCUCGCACUUCUUCAGGGGAGAAGACAGCAGCGCCCUCGAGCUGACGGAGGCAGAACUGGUCACCAUGGAGGCUGUGCGGAGUGCCUGGAAACGGAUUCUCCCCAACGUCCUGGAGGUAGAAGACUCCACCGAUUUCUUCAAGUCGGGUGCCGCAUCAGUGGAUGUGGUGAGACUGGUGGAGGAGGUGAAAGAGCUGUGCGAUGGUGUGGAAUUGGAAAAUGAAGACGUUUACAUGGCAACCACUUUCAAGGACUUCAUCCAGCUGCUAGUGAGAAAGCUGCGAGGGGAUGACAAAGAGAGCGAGUGCAUCAUUGACUACGUGGAAAAGACAGUGAACAAGCUGACCCUCCGAAUGCCCCACCAGCUCUUCAUUGGGGGCACAUUUGUGGAUGCCGAGGGUGCCAAGACCUAUGAGACCAUCAACCCGACAGAUGGAAGUGUCAUCUGCCAGGUGUCCCUGGCCCAGGUCAGCGAUGUUGACAAGGCAGUGGCUGCUGCAAAAGAUGCCUUUGAGAAUGGAUUGUGGGGGAAGAUCAGUGCCCGGGACCGGGGCCGGCUCCUGUACAGGUUGGCAGACCUCAUGGAGCAGCAUCAGGAAGAGCUGGCCACCAUUGAGGCUCUGGAUGCAGGCGCUGUCUACACCCUGGCCCUGAAGACCCACGUGGGCAUGUCCAUCCAGACCUUCCGCUACUUUGCUGGCUGGUGUGACAAGAUCCAGGGCUCUACCAUCCCCAUCAACCAGGCCAGACCCAACAGAAACCUGACCUUGACCAGGAAGGAGCCAAUUGGGGUCUGUGGCAUUGUCAUCCCGUGGAACUACCCCCUGAUGAUGCUUUCCUGGAAGACGGCCGCCUGCCUGGCUGCUGGGAACACAGUGGUGAUCAAGCCUGCCCAGGUGACCCCGCUCACAGCCUUGAAGUUUGCAGAGCUGACCUUGAAGGCUGGCAUUCCCAAGGGCGUGAUCAACAUCCUCCCAGGAUCUGGCUCAUUGGUUGGCCAGAGACUCUCAGACCAUCCUGAUGUGCGAAAAAUUGGGUUCACAGGCUCCACAGAGGUGGGAAAGCACAUCAUGAAAAGCUGUGCCCUGAGCAACGUGAAGAAGGUGUCCCUGGAGCUCGGUGGGAAGUCACCCCUCAUCAUCUUUGCUGACUGUGACCUCAGCAAGGCUGUGCAGAUGGGGAUGAGCUCCGUCUUCUUCAACAAAGGCGAGAACUGCAUUGCAGCGGGCCGGCUCUUCGUAGAGGACUCAAUACACGACCAGUUUGUGCAGAAGGUGGUAGAAGAGGUGAAGAAGAUGAAGAUUGGCAACCCUCUGGACCGGGACACCAACCAUGGGCCGCAGAAUCACCAAGCCCACCUUCGGAAGCUGAUAGAGUACUGCCAGCGCGGCGUGAAGGAAGGAGCCACUCUGGUCUGCGGUGGGAAUCAAGUCCCUCGGCCAGGUUUCUUUUUCGAGCCAACCGUUUUCACGGACGUGGAGGACCACAUGUUCAUAGCCAAGGAAGAGUCCUUCGGGCCUGUCAUGGUCAUCUCUCGGUUUGCCGAUGGCGACAUGGACACUGUGCUGUCUCGGGCCAAUGCCACAGAAUUUGGCCUGGCCUCUGGCGUCUUCACCAGGGACAUCGGCAAGGCCCUGUACGUCAGUGACAAGCUGGAGGCAGGCACCGUGUUCAUCAACACGUACAACAAGACCGACGUGGCCGCUCCCUUCGGAGGCUUCAAGCAGUCUGGAUUUGGCAAAGACUUGGGAGAGGCGGCCCUGAAUGAGUACCUGAGGGUCAAGACGGUUACCUUUGAGUACUGAAGAAAGGUCUCAUGCGAAGAAGCCUCCGUCUCUUCCACAGCCUGACCGGCCUCCCCUGUCAGCCCGAUUGUCCUUCUAGCCCCCUCCUGGGUACACAGCACCUCCACCCGAACUGGCUGGUGGAAGCCUGCUGCCUGCAACCCCUGUCCCUGUCCGGGACCCCCAUCUCCCCAACCCCAGUCCAAUCAGAGCAACAUUUGGCUACUGAGAAGGUGGCCCCAGGGCGAAUAAAUGUUCUGACCAGCAGCA